AUGCAGCCUCAACCAGGAAAUGCUGAAGCAAGAGUCAAGACAGGCGACAAGAACCCUUCCUACCUUGACAGCGACGGUGUUAGAAUCUUGCAUAAUACCGACGGUCAUAUUCAUUUCUGGCAGCAGUUCCAGCCACUUUUGGCCAAAUACCAGCCGAAAUGCGACCCUCCCAUGCGUCUCGGCGAUGCGCCGUCUAUACGGUUCGAGGAAGCGAAACCGGAAGACCGACGGGAGUAUCUGGACAUGCUACCGAAUGAAGUCGAGGUCAUGAAGAACGCGCAUACCGGGUUUGUCAGCGACAUCAAGGACAACCCGCCGCAACUACACUAUGUCCCCAACACAAGGGGCCUGGUCUCGACAGCAGGAGGUUCAUACUUGCCCGUUCUGGUCAUCUCUCUUCGAAUGCUCAGGAGAACAGGCUCUGAGCUUCCGGUAGAGGUCUUUUUGGCAAAUGAAGAGGAGUAUGAGGAGUAUAUAUGCGAUGUGAUUCUGCCGUCUCUGAAUUCCCGAUGUGUGGUGCUGUCGCACAUCCUCGAUGCCGUCCCCAAGAUCAUGCAGGUCGAGAAAUACCAAUUGAAGCUCUUCGCGAUGAUGUUCUCAUCUUUCGAAGAGAUCCUCUUCUUGGACGCCGACGCCUUCCCGCUAGAGAAGCCAGACAUCAUGUUCAAAAAUGAGCCUUUCAGGUCGAAGAAUAUGGUCACAUGGCCAGAUUUCUGGGCCGACACCGUUUCGUCAUACUACUACGAAAUCGCAUCAAAACCAAAACCUCCAAACACCAUCCGACAGUCGAGCGAAUCCGGCGAGGUGCUCAUCUCGAAGAAAACACACUCGAACACCCUUCUUUUGAGCACAUACUACAAUUUCUGGGGCCCUGAUUAUUACUGGGCCCUGCUAUCACAGGGCGCAGCGGGAGAGGGGGACAAAGAGACAUUCGUGGCAGCUGCGCUGACAAUGGAAGAGCCUCACUACCAAGUCAGCGAGCCCAUCGUCGCCAUCGGCCACCGCACCAAGUCCGGACUGGCUGGGUCCGCGAUGGUCCAAUUCGACCCCGUCGAAGAUUACGCCCUGACACAGAAGGGCCAAUGGCGCGUGCACGGCUCCAAAGCGCCCGCGCCCCGAGCUUUCUUCAUCCACGCAAACUACCCCAAGUUCAACCCUGCCACGAUCUUCCAGGACCAAGCCGUCAACCCGCCCUUCGAGGAUGACGGUAGCUACACGCGCGCCUGGACGAUUCCCGAAGAGGUGGUUGGGGAGUUCCGCACGGAUGUGGAGAAACAGUUCUGGAGGGAGAUCUUGUGGACGGCAUGCGAACUCGAAUCGAAGUUUCGAACCUGGAAGGGCCGGGAGGGUAUAUGCCAGGGAGUCAAAAACUACUGGAACGCGAUGUUCCCCACGCAGCAGGCCAAGACAUGA